AAUAGGAGUAAACUACACAGUUCACUUAAUAAUACGGAACCGUCCGGAUGUCUUUUGUGUUUUUCAAUCGUUGACUCUGAAACGUGCUUUGUUGUCUCUCAGACAACGGACCUAGAUCAUUUUUAAUAAGUUUGUUCUUCGUCUCCUUGAAACGGAGGCAGGUGGUGCCAUUGAUUUGCUCGGAGCCCGCCAAAUCGCAGAACUUGUAAAACUUCGGGUGUUGUUCUAUUGUACUGGAGUAUGUCUACGUGAAGCCUCAGUGCACGAUGCUGGACUGGUCGCCCAUCGAGGUGGUGUGAAUCUGCAAUUUGUACAGUGGAGUGUCUUUGCAAAUGGUAGGAAUGUUGUCCCGCCCUGCGUGUUCUCCAGUUCUUUCCUGUGAAAAGCAUAUUUGUGGUCCAAUCUUGUUUUCCAAAGAUUAACUGUCGUUUUGAAUUUCAAUUCGAAUUUCAACCGACAGGGCUCAGACUAUCGAUAAGAGCUAUCGGAAACACUGUAGCCCUGGUGUUAGCUCUCAGAACAGUUGCCAGCCCUAGCGAGGUGCAUGAAAAUUAGCGCGAAAGGAAGCCAAAACAUAAAAUCCUUUGUUAACAGGGUACGGCGCAGCAUGGAAAACCAAAUAAACUCGGAUAUGAACAAGCGGGAGAUGCGCUCAUUCCUGGUUGCCCGCGAACCCUCCAUCGACCGCCGCUAUCGCCCGCGCCCCAACAAAAAGAUGCGUCUGUUUGAACACAUCCAGGAGUCGGAGGAGGAGAGCUUUUCCGAAGGGUCGGAAACUGAAUCGGAGUACACGGCGAGUGGCGUCGAUACUGCGUCCACCGCAACGAGCAACGCCGAGAGUACGAGCCUGGAGACGGGGCCUCAAGUCUUCCUGCGCUUGCGUCCCGUUAACGAAUCCUCAAAGGCGUAUUCAAUCUCAGAUGAUGGGAACGUGCUCAUCACCAGCUACAAGGUGGACUCGACCAGCAACAAUGUGAACCGCAUGGAGAAGCAUUUCGGCUUCACCUCAAUCUUCGAUAGCUAUGUGGACCAGCGCGACAUUUACGACAUUUGCGUGGGCCCCAGGAUCUGCGAGGAAGAGUGCGUGACCAUUAUGACCUACGGCACAUCGGGAUCUGGAAAAACCUACACACUGCUUGGUGAUGAUGUGAGCGCUGGCAUUAUUCCCCGUGCCCUGGAGAAUAUUUUCACCAUCUGCAAAGACUCGGUGUACCACUCACCCAAGCUAAAGCUGAUCAAUGGCUGCAUUGUCUUUCUGCAGGACGACGCCUCCCUUAAGGAGCUGCAGAUUCGCAAAAAGCUGCUGGAUCUGAGUCCUGACAUGGGCGCCCCUUACCAGCGGCUAAGGCAGAUGAUUAACGAUGAUCACACGUUCGAGACAAAGCAGACCAGUGACGAGUCCGUUCUGAUUUGGGUAUCCUUUGUGGAAAUCUAUAACGAGCUGGUGCACGAUCUGUUGGCCAUCCCACCGAAACAGACAAAGAUGGUUGGGCCACGUAAGAACCUUAAGGUCGUCUGCAAUAAGGGCCAUGUGUUCGUCAAGGGUCUGACUAGUGUCUUUGUAAAGAGCAGCGAGGAAGCGCUAAGAUUACUGCGCUUGGGCCAACAACGUUCCACAUACGCCGCCACCUCGGUGAAUGCCAAUUCCAGCCGAUCGCAUUGCGUCUUUACCGUAGACAUACUCAAGUACAACCGAUCGGGCAUCACCACACAGAGUUCGUACAAGUUCUGCGACUUGGCGGGCUCCGAGCGAGUAAACAACACUGGCACCACUGGCCUCCGACUCAAGGAAGCCAAGAACAUCAACACAUCACUAAUGGUUCUGGGCCGUUGCCUGGAUGCGGCUAGCACGGCUCAGAAGAAGAAAAACGCCGAUGUCAUUCCAUAUCGGGACUCCAAGCUUACGAUGCUGCUGCAGGCGGCGCUGUUGGGCAAGGAGAAGCUGGCAAUGAUCGUCACGGUCACUCCUGUGGACAAAUACUAUGAGGAGAAUCUGAAUGUACUGAACUUCGCAUCAAUUGCAAAGAAUAUUGUGUUCAAGGAGCCGGUAAUCAAGCAGCAUCGUAUCAGCUACGCCGGAUUCAUGGAGUUUUCGAAAAUGGCAUCUGACGAGGGCGGCAACGAGUACACAAAGGAGCUGGAGGAUGAGAUCGUCAACCUUCAGCUGGAGGUUGAGCGCCUUAAGCACGAUCAUGUGUUGCAGAUGCAGUUGCUGGAAGAGAAGCUGCGCAAGGAAUUGACCGAAACGUACCAGGAGAUAAUCCAGAACAACAAGAAACAGCACGAGGAUGAGUGCGAGAAGAGACUGCUGAUUGCUGGACGGGAAGCAGAGUUCAAGCUCUCCGCUCAAAAGCGUCGCUAUGAGGAGCAAAUCGAAGACCUUAAGGACGAGAUUGAAGACCUUAAGAAUCCCACCAGUGGCAGGGAAAGUGGGGAUGAAGACCCUGAUGAGUCAGGGUCACCCAUCGAGAUCAUCGAUGACGAUGAGUAGUUUAUAUAUAUAUUUUAAAUCUUAAUCGUUAAAGUUCUUUAUGUUAAUUUGCUCCAUAAUUGUUGAUAAAAUUAAUUGAAUUGUCGAAUAAAUGUGU